GUCUUGGUGCCUCUCUACUACACGUCGACCAUGGCGUUCCCUAUCCCUUCUCAUCUCCCGCGACGACCGAAUCCGCACGAUGUCUCUUCCGAAAUCCUCUCCAAAAUUGAUCAAGCGACGAACCACACUCUGACGACAUCCCUUGCAAGCUCGUGGAUUACGGAGCUGGAGGACACCAUUGGGGCAACUAAAGCUCAGAUUAAGGACCGAAUACAUCGAGACCUUCCGGAAUUCGAGCGCCAGCUCGAGAGUUCCAAGUCUGUUCAGACGCGUCUACAGUCCUUGGCGAGCAACGUGGACCGGCUAGACCAUACAUUGUCGGAUUCUGAGACAGGUCUCAUCCCGAAGCUCAUCCGGACUCUGACCGCGCACGCUACUCUGGCUCAGCAAUCCGUCGACGCUACAUAUAGGCACCAGACAGUCGCCUUCCUAUUACGCGCCCGUGGCGAGUUCGGCUCUCUGCUCUCACUCGUGCAGCUAGGCAAGCUCCCGCAGGCCAUCGGUGCAUGCGGCGAGUUUGAACGUCUGCUGCAGGCUGCGCCGGCUCAUUCCAAUGAAAUGGCUGUCAUGGCGGAUCUCAAAAGGAGAUUUCACGCCGCGAAGUCGCGCACGGAAGAACAGCUGAGCGAGGCAUAUAUACGAAGCGUGUCUUCUGCCCCCAAGUGUCUGAAGAUACAGUCAUCCGUGCUAGUGCGACAGUCGGAAACGCGCAUCACUUUACCAGAAAUUCUGCUCACAUCGGCGGAGACUGGCUCCCUUUCAGGCCACUUGACGACACUGAAAAGAGAUGUGAUGGCUCACUACGUCGACUUUGUCGCACGCCAGCCCUCCAAUGUUGAGGUGUCAAGCGACGCGAUGGAAAGCAGACUGACUAUAUUUCCUGCUCCGCUGGAGCCCGACAAUCUCGGCACACGCCUGGAAAAUCUCUCUACUGUGUUAACGUUCUUGUCUUCCCACUUGAUGGCAUUCCUCCCGCCCUCCGACAGAGCGGCCUUCUCCCGCUCGCUGUGCAAGCCAAUCGUGACGAGCGUCUUGUCCAACGUUCUCAUCCCGUUCCUCCCGUCGUCAUUUGACAAGCUACCGCCAUUUCUGGAGAUUGCCAGGCAGGCCGUGGCCUUUGAGGGCGAUUUCGUCGUGAAGCUGCUUGGAGGUGAUGACCAACAUGGUCGAGAAAUCAAAGCAUGGGUCGACGGGCUGGGCGGACACUAUGAAAGGCAGCGCCGUGUCCAGAUUCUCGACGCAGCUCGACUCAUUGUGCUAGCACCGAACGAUCCUGCGGACAGGUUCGUCGUGGAGAUUGAAAUGCCGCAGGAGAGGAUGGCCGAUGUGAUACCCGUGCAAGCAGCGGAGGCCGAUCUUAGGGAAGCAAAUCUCCGAGUUCCGGAUGAAGCAGUGGACGAUGCUUGGGGCUGGGGUGACGACGAAGAGGGCGCCCCACCGCCGGAAUUGUCGAACGGGACCUCAGAGCACACUGCAGACGACAGCUGGGGUCUUGACGAUACUGAGAAUGGUCCAGAAGCUGUUGCAGAUGCUGACGACGGCUGGGGCUUUGACGAUCAGCAGGAGGAGAGCGCUGAGCAAGAGGAACCGAAGACUAAUGGACACAGUGAACCUGAUCCAGCAGAUUCGUGGGGGCUGGAAGAAGAUGCGGGAGAUCCCUGGGAUGAUCCCUGGGAUGAUCCGCCACCUGUAGCCAAGCCACAAGUUCUUGUGGCGAUCCCUGAAGACCCGAUCGUCCCGUCACCGUCUCCCCGGAUGGCGACACGGUUACAGAAACUUGCCAAUAAGGGCAAACACCACCUGAACGACAGCUCUCCGCUCGCCUCUCCAGGCGUGUCGACUCCGAUGUCAACGGGUAGCACUCGAUUUGCGACGCCUUCACCUCCACCAAACGCUCUUCCUCCUGCAGACAAAUCGAUGGGAAAGCGACCACCAGCGCUUGCGACUGCUGUCGUUGUCCCGAAGGAGACUUUCACUGUUUCAGGCCGCAUGCGUCAGAUUUUGGCUGUUGUUCGGGACAUCCUUUCGGAGGGUCAGCAAUUUGCUGUGUCGAAGAUCUUAUCAGCUCCGGAGGGCAGCUCGGUCCCGGGCACCGUCAUCCACCAGUGUGCCCCGACUGUUCUCGAUCUUUUCCGUGCAUUGUACCCCGUCAAGUGUGCGGGUGCUCUCAAGUCUUCAGCGGCUGCGAUGCAAUUUUCGAAUGAUUGUCUAUACCUCAGCGACGAGCUGCUCCGUCUCGAAGCCGGCCCGGCGAAAGAUCGUUUGGACGAAUGCCGACAUCGACUGAAGGUCCUGGGCGAUAGCUGGUUCCAGGAGACUGUGGAUCUUUGCAGGCAAUCAACAUUGGAUAUCUUGAGCACUGGUGCAGACGGAUUCACCUCGACGUCUGACCAGGACAGAUAUGACGAGUGCGAAACUGCCAUCAACCAGGUCGUGAGAGACAUCAAGACCGUGUCCCAGCGAUGGAAGCCUGUGCUCAACAAAAGCAAGUACUAUUCCGCUGUCGGCAUACUAGUCGACACUGCUCUGUCUCGUGUUCUCGAAGACAUCCUAGAGCUGCCGGAUAUUACCGAAGUGGAAUCACAGCGGCUGAGCGAACUGUGCCGCAUGCUGAAUGUUCUCGAGGCUCUCUUUGUUGAGGAUACGAACCAGCAACCUUUCGCGUGGGCCUACGUUCCUUGCUGGCUCAAGUUCUCGUAUCUCUCUGAGCUGCUGGAAGCCUCGAUGGCGGAUAUUUCGGAUCUAUUUGACAGCGGGUCCCUGGUUGAUUUCGACAUUGACGAGCUGGUGAGACUGGUCAGGGCCCUCUUUGCCGACACACCUCUGCGGACAAACACGAUCAACAAGAUCACUGCAAAGUGAUCUUAUCUCCUUCGUACACUCGAUGAAGGCAGCACGGAUGAUGGUAUACGUUACAAACAGCGGGGUAGAUAUGCACUUCCAACAUGUAGUCUGUGGAUCAAUGUCCUGGGUGUAGAUCUAUUCAUUGUUUGGCGGCCUGCAUCACAAGCAGCCCCGAGCCAGUGCCAGCGGCAACAAACGCAGUGGCAACAUCACCCAUGGUCUUGCGCACCUCCGAACCGACAGUCCCAUACUCGUCUGUCAGCUCUUUCAGCUCUCCAGCAUGGUUUUCAACGGCGAGCCGGCGCGACCGGCCGAGAACUAUCAGCAGCCGGCUCGAAGGGUGCGAUUCGUGAUACAUCCUGCUUUCAUGGAUCGCAGCGUGAAGCGGGAUCGGAGUCGUUAUCUCUCGGAAAUCGAUGCGCGAGAUGGUUUCGUCAGUGGCGUAUUUUUCCCAUGCGACGCUGUCUGCGGUUUGAGACUGCAUUCUCGUUUCGUCGGACACAUGCCCAUAGACUGUGUCGGGGAAUCCGGUCAUGGCCUGCGAAACAAUGAGUCCCUUAGUAAGGAUAUUCGGGCACUGGGAACUUACAGAUGCUACAGUCAAGGCGUUGAUCUCUUCGUUUUUCUCUGGGCCAAAAUGAGCGCUGCGUAUCGGCGUCAUAUGGGUGUCCAUCUCUCGCUUGAACAUCCGCAACACGGUGGCUGUGACGUGGGUGCUCCCAGCGCAAAGCUGCACGACGAACUCAAGAGCCAUCCGGUCGUCCGGGCCACCGAAGAAGACGAGCAUCAGAUGCUGCUUGCUGCCCGCCGCGUGACCAACGGCACUUCGUUCCUGAUUCACACACAGGGCAACGUCCACUGGAGCAUCCGAAAAGACACCCCGCACAAACUGAGCGUGAAGAGCUGAUGCAGACCUAUCUCCGCCGCCUGUGGCCCUGAAGAGCGCGUCGAACGGAUUCUGAGACUGCCGCGGAGUCACUGGCGCAGUUUCGUGAGGCUCAAGUGUCGAAACUCCAUCGGCAUGUGUUGCGAAAGGCAACCACGGAAGGACGAUCAUGUCCGCUUCCGUGCUUUGCGCGUGUUCUGUCACGCUUGGCGCCAUGUUGUCAAAGGGCACGAUGCUCAGCGCUGUGUCGAUGCGCAAGUCAUGCAGCUCGCCGAACAUUCGGAAGAUAGACAGGACAGGAUCAGAGUGCAGCAAAGACUCUGAGGCAGAUGAUCGCAUGACAGCAGACACACGGUCGGACAGUUCCAGUAAUCGCAAUGCGCUGAUGGAUAGCAGUUCGGAAGACUCGGAAGAUGCGCUUGAUUUGGAAGCACGGCGGUUUUCCGGAGUGGACGACCCCGAAGAUGACGUCUGCGUGAUGCCGGUAGGUUGAAUCAGUUGGGCGAUUGACAUGAGGCCGGGCAAAUGUUCGAUUCUGUCGAGAACAAACGUAAAGCGCGUCCGCGCUCCAUCGCGAAGCACCCGUUGGCGAUGGCCAGCUUCAUCAGCACCACUGACAUUAUCGAAGUUGGCUCCACUUCCGCUUGCUCGGACCCGCAGUGCCGGCGGGUAAAGAACCGUGACGAGGGGCGUGGUCAUGAACGUCAAAGUGAGCGCCUCCAGCACGAACAUAGAAAACACACGAGGUGUCAGGAUGCCAGCUGAGAGCCCCACAUUGAGCACAAUCAGUUCCACCAGCCUAUCCGCUUGGGUCAACUCGCCAAGCGAGCAUGUACUGGGGACUCACCCUUUGCAACUCAUCAAUGAUCCGACCGCGCUUGCCUCUCGAAGAUUGAAGCCUAGAGAGCGUCGACAAAGAACAUUCCGGUAAUCGCGACCAAAACGCACCUGCAAGAUAUCGAGCAGAGAGGGUACAACCGCCGAAUUUGCCGACAAACGCGAGAACACAGAUCGCAAUCGUGUAGCCCCAGGUGAUACCUAUAUCACCGUCCUUGAGUGAUUUUCUUCGAAGAAACGCAUAACCAACCAGUAUCUAGGAGCCUUAGAUUCGUAGAGAGCCCCGAGAUGGUAAAGUACUUGCAAAAGAAUAUGAUGGACACCAUAUCUUCCAAUUUCUCAGUCAGUGCAAUCGUAAGACCGCCUUCUCGGGGCACGGUCAGUCCCAUAACAAAGGCUCCGAAAAUAGCAUGAACGCCAAUGACAUCAGUGAAGAAUGCAGAGCCGAACACCAGGAGGAUGGUGACCGUCAUGAAGAGCAUCGUUGGUCCAUUCUCGACGGACCCAGUCUUGUACGCCAGCCAGCGGAGUGCUAUUCUGACCGGGAACAGUAAAAACAGCGUCCAGCCAACACAUGCGAGCAGAAUCCAGAGAGCGGUGAGUCCCGAACCAGCAUUGACAAGUGCCACGCUAAGCGCAAGAAGAAUCCACCCCACUGGACAUGUUCAGAGUCAUCGAUGGCGGACCGGGUCCCGGGCUCACCAAUGUCAUUACCGACGCCAGCCGAGAGCACCACGAUCCCCACAGUGGUGUCCAGCAGCUUAAGCUCGGUCAAAAUGCGACAGAGCACUGGGAACGCGGUGAUCGAGAACGCCACACCACUGAACAGCAUGAAGUAGGUGAACCGAACGUUUGGCGCGACGGGGAGAAUGAAUUCGUGAUACAAUGGCACAGACAAAGCUGCCCCCAGGCCGAAUGGAAGGAUCAUGCCAGCGGCAGCUACGCUCGCAGACCUGCAUUUCCAGUCAGUGAUGGAAUCUCUGCUUCCAACUCGGUUGUGACGCACAGGCGCGCGUUCCGUUUGAUGAUAGAUCCAUCAAUUUCGAGACUAUGAAAAUAGAUUAGAACAUCAGUUCCAAAUGGGUUAUGUCAUAAACCAUAUACCCUACAAGGAACAGAAAGAGCACGAGACCGAUAUUGGCUACAAGCUGAGAGCAGGUCAUGAGAGAGCGCCAGAUGUGGCAAGGUGUACUGGACUGACGGAGAGAUAUGGAAUGGACUGCGGGGGGAAUAUACGGUCGGUGAAGUGUGGGAUGGCUCCGAAGGCGGUGGGACCUG